AGACCUAGAUGUUAUUAUAUGCCACUAUUUUAAAUUGAAUGGAUUAGUGAUAUUCCAUAAAUUUGGACUGUCUUUUAUGGACUUUGUGGUAGAAAGUAUAUAUUAAUUGUUUAUAAUUUUUAAAGGUAUUUUGAUCGGUAACAUUUGACAUAUGUGGAUAGAAAUUAGAUUCAAUUCCAUUAAAUCCUUGAGGACGAAGAACAUGUUGAUAAUGAAUGA